CGAGACGUGUAGGGCAGCAUGUCGGUCGGGCUGUGUGCUCCACAGGCUCCCCCGCGUAGUGGCCGGCUGCUUGGAGGCUGUGCCCGGCUUUCACGGGAAUAUGAGAGUCUUUAGCGGCGCGGCGCGUCUCCCGAACCGCAGGACCGAGGCGCACGACCCGCAGCAGGGCCACGGCGUCCCGCCUGGAGAAGGCUCCGCAGAGGACCCCCAUGCAGGUGAUCAGCGAUGGCUGCAGAUUCAGACCCAACAGAGAAGACAGUCACUGGUGCGCUAAACACGGGGCACACGUUGCAUCUCGCCGAGAAGAUCGUCCUCUCCCUCUUCCUGGCCGCCAUCAUCGUCCUCACUGUCUUAGGCAACCUCUUGGUCAUGGUGGCUCUCUGCAAGGACCGGCAGCUGAGGAAAAAGAAGACCAACUACUUCAUAGUGUCGCUGGCAUUCGCCGACCUGUUGGUGGCGCUAGUGGUGAUGCCGUUUGCGGCCAUCGAGUUGACCACGGGUAGCUGGAGUUAUGGUAAGACCUGCUGCCUGAUCAGAACCUCGCUGGACGUCCUGCUGACCACUGCCUCCAUCCUUCAUCUGUGCUGCAUAGCACUGGACAGAUACUACGCCAUCUGCUGUCAGCCCCUGGUAUACAGGAACAAGAUGACGCCCAUCAGGGUGGCUCUGAUGCUGGGAGGGUGCUGGAUCAUCCCCUCCUUCAUCUCUUUUCUUCCCAUAAUGCAAAGCUGGAAUACCAUCGGCAUAGAGGACAUUAUCAAGGAGCGGGAGCUCAGCCUGGCCGUCAACGAGACAUACUGCAUCUUCCUGGUGAACGGGCCGUACGCGCUGGUCUGCUCCGCCGUCGCCUUCUACGUGCCUCUGGGGCUCAUGGCACUGGCCUAUCAGCGCAUCUACGUGACGGCCAUGGCGCACGCCCGGCACAUCGGCACGCUGCACCGGGCCGGCUCUGCCCCCGAGCAGCAGGCAGGGUCCGACCAGCAGGGCACCAGCCGCAUCAAGGUGGAGACCAAGGCGGCCAAGACGCUGGCCGUCAUCAUGGGCUGCUUCUGUCUGUGCUGGGCGCCCUUCUUCCUCACCAAUGUGGUGGACCCCUUCAUCCACUACAGUGUGCCCUGGCAGGUGUGGACCGCCUGGCUCUGGCUGGGCUAUAUCAACUCGGGCCUCAACCCCUUCCUGUACGCCUUUCUGAACCGUGCCUUCCGUCGCGCCUUCCUCGUCAUCCUCUGCUGUGGCGAUGAGCGCUACGUCCGGCAGGGCAGCUUUGGACCCUCGCGGCAGUACCCCGCCUCCGUCAACGGGACAUCCAUCGCACUCAGGUUGGUUUUCCAACCCAGUCCGGCCCAAAGCGACAACAGACAGCGGAUUCUCUCCAGUGAGCUGGAGUCUCAGGAGUCACUGGGCACCACGUAGUGAAGCCAGCUGACUGGGGGCAAGGCCCACCUGGGACCGUUCACGUGGACACGAUCAGAACGAACAGCUGGAGCAGGCUGGACAUCGGACAGGGACCUCCUGAUCGAGCUUUGCUUCUGGUAGACCUCACCUAAGGAGGAGGGACUCACUAAUGCUGGGGGACAGCUGCCCCCCUGCCCCCACACUCUAGGACAAGGGAACUUAUUACCUCCCGUUAGGUAUGGAUUGUAUAGCCAGAGUUCUCCCCCCAUUGCUUGAGCUUGGGGGGGGGUAGCGAACUGAUAAGAUUUUAUUUGUACAUUGUGUGUCAAAGGGACGGUGGUGGACUUCAAAAGGACCAGAGACGGUACUGAAAAUGCAGAAACAUCAAGGUGCUCUCCAUACUUUAGAAGGCCAUCAACAGGGUUUCCAUCUGCACUCCAGCACAUACAGGAGAUCAAAUGCUCCAGUAACCCAAAAACCUGGGAGAAAACAGCACUACCAGGAGCCCAGCAAAGCAGCAGGCAGACCGGAUCGCAUUCUGGGGAUCACUUGGCACCCUAACACUUCCCAGAAACACAAAAAUGGCCACAGCAAGUAGCUGGGCCAGCGUGAAGCUUUCCAGUCACCGAUGAGGUUCUGGUUCUUCGGGGGACGGACUGGCAGGUCCACCUGUCCUCAGCAUUUCACCUCAAUGGAGGCAGCAGGGGAAUCACGUCACUGGUGCAUUUCUCUACCACGAGCUCCAAAACAACUCAAAAGGAGCACCUCUCCUAUUGUUACUAUGUGACAACCUUUCACUGCCGAGCUCUGCAUUGUAUUAGUGUGAUCUCAUGACAGCCGAUAGUGUCGGAGUUCAAGAGAAACUGGCAUCCAGCUCGCUUUGUCCCACGACUCUGCAUGCACCAGACUCCAUGUCAAAUCAGAUGACUGCGUAAAAACCUUUGUACACGAGUCCAGUGGUGUGGCUUCUAAGCUCCGUGGAAAAAGCUGCAGGGGAGACUCCCUUAAGUGCUUCGACGCUGCCAUUACACCCUGACAUCUGUCCACAUAAUUAUAUAUUAAAGCCUUUCUCCUGGACUCCGAGCUAAUUUGUGCGUUCAAAAGAAAAAUGUAAAAAUUUCACAAUUUCACAUGACAGCGGUUUGUUUGAGUGCUGAAAACACAGCCUACCCCCACAAGAGAGAUGGGAAAAGCUGAGACCAGCAUCAGUUGUGAGGGUGAAGGUCAGAGCCAGGACCUGCAGCUGGAAACCAAGAGCAACCAACACCACAUCACUGACGAAACCUUCACCCCAAAUGCCCAAGCUGGUACAUCUUCAUGUUCACACACACACACAGGCAUUUUUAAAAACGGUCUUUUUCCUCCUCCACAUGAAAAACGCUAAAACAUGGUGUCAAGAGCAUGCCAAACCAGCAGGGGGCGAUAACUAAAGCCAUGUUGGCCAAUCAGAAGCCUUAUUACCAGCUCUGCUAGGCUAAAACAGAGCUAAUGUAAACAGUGAAGGGCGUACGCUCUGACGCAAAACAAGCUGGACAAUCUGACGUUAAAAGCCAAAAUCUCCGUUUUCCCCAAUCUACACUGAAAACCUUAUACAUUUACAAAAUCUCUAUUUUCAGUGACAAAACACUGUUUGCGCGUGUGGUCAAAAAGGCCAGAACGCAUAGAAAGCUACAUUUUUUAAAAUACUCAUGUAUGUGUAGACAAGGCUUCAGAGAUCGACCUAAAACCCGGAAAAGCAGUUGUACGCUGACCAAAGUGCAGUUAUGUCAAAUUCCAAAAAUGAAGUGAGGAACAUUAUAAUUUAAAUAUUUAUUCAGGACAGAGGAAAGCUAAAAAAAACAUAAAAACAUGCUUAAGUACUUUUUGCACAUUUAUACUGUAUAAAAAACCCUUUCACAGCAGGCAUAUUUACAAAGUGCAUCAUUGGAUAACUGCUUUUUUUAAAAGAGCCAAACAAUCAAGGUAACUGAAAACCAAGUAAAAACAGGUAAAACACUCCCCAGUAUCUUUUUAAAGAACCCCCAC